AUGGGAGGCGAGGACUCCGGAAGCGCACUAGCCAAUCGGGUGGAUUUACGUUGUGGCUACAAUAACCUUGAUUCAUUCUUUGCUCGACGCAUCGUCAGCGAGCUGGAUGCUCUAUUGAAUGAGCAUAAUGAAUUGUUGAAAAUAUUCAAAUCCCACAUGCACAAAUUAGAACGCGAUAAUCACGCUAUUGUUAUUAAUCCUGAUAAAACAUCAGCUGGAGAACACAUUCGUAGAUUCAAUGCACCUGUUGCAGACGACGUUGCUGGAAUCAUGGUUGGCGAUCGUACAGGAGCCGAAAUAAACAAGAACGUUAGCUCGAAGGAUUAUUAUGCGUAUAGAUUGAUGAUUAGACGCGGGCUCGAUAACGUCAUUCUACGAUUUCGAGAGCUUUGUCAACAAUUCAUGGUCGACAUGUACGCGAAGAUAGAAGGCGAACGACUACGAUACUUACGAUAUAAUCAACUCAAGCUACGUGUGGAAGAGUACAUUCACUUGCGAGACGCUAUUGUCAACAACGCUGACGCCGCCCAAAUUGGUAACUCUGUCAUUCUACCAUCAUCGUACGUAGGCAGUCCACGUCAUAUGCAAGAGUAUAUACAGGACGCUCUGACUUUCGUGCGCGAAUAUGGGCAACCGUGUUUAUUUAUCACGUUCACAUGUAAUCCAAAAUGGCCAGAGAUUACAUCUUUGCUGUUGCCUGGCCAAAAUGCAAUACAUCGUCAUGACAUUAAAGCACGUGUGUUUAGACAAAAGCUGAAGUCAUUAAUAAAUUUUAUUACUAAAUCACAUGUAUUCGAUCCCACACGUUGCUGGCUGUAUUCGGUUGAGUGGCAAAAGCGAGGAUUACCUCAUUCCCACAUUUUGGUUUGGUUAAUCGACAAAAUCCGUCCUGAAGAAAUAGAUAAUAUAAUUUCUGCAGAAAUUCCCGAUCCGUCUACUAAUCAAUUGCUGUUUGAUAUUGUUACAGCAAACAUGAUUCAUGGCCCAUGUGGUACUUUUAAUCGUUCAUCGUCUUGCAUGUCAGAUGGAAAAUGUACAAAAAAUUUCCCUAAAGAUUUCACUAACGAUACAAUCACAAAUGUCGACGGAUAUCCAAUAUAUCGUCGAAGGAAUCCAGAUAAUGGCGGACAAUCAUUUAUUAAAAACAUCAGCAACACAGACAUUAAUAUUGACAAUCGUUGGGUCGUGCCAUAUUCGCCCCUGCUGAGCAAAACAUACAAUGCUCAUAUUAAUGUUGAGUUCUGCAGUUCUGUGAAGAGCAUCAAAUACAUUUGCAAGUAUGUCUAUAAAGGCAGUGACAUGGCGGUGUUUAGAGUGGAAAAUACCAAUGUGAAUGCUCCUCCAGUAAAUAUAAACGAUGAAAUAACGCUCUACCAAAUAGAUCGGUACAUCAGCUCCAAUGAAGCUGUUUGGCGUAUCUUUGGUUUUCCAAUUCAUGAACGGGAUCCAGCAGUUGUUCAGUUAGCCAUUCAUCUUGAAAAUGGUCAGCGUGUAUAUUUCACGAACGAGACAGCGAUUGAUCGUGCUAUAAAUCCACCAAAAACUACACUCACUGAAUUUUUUGAAUUGUGUUAUCGUGCGGAUGAUUUUGGUGCCUUUGCACGUACUUUACUCUAUUCACAAGUACCACGCUAUUUCACAUGGGCUCAAACAAAACAAUGGAUACCUUGCAAGCAAGGCUCACCAGUUGAUGCAUGCCCCAAUUUAUUCAAAUCAAACGCCUUGGGGCGAGUAUUUACAGUGAAUCCAAAACAGACUGAGUGCUUUUAUCUUCGACUAUUGUUGGUUAAUGUUACUGGCCCAUUGUCAUUUCAAGAUAUACGUAAAGUGAAUGGGCAACAGUAUACAACGUAUAAAGAUGCAUGCCUUGCACUCGGCUUGCUAGAAGAUGACAAUCAGUGGGAAUGUAUGCUUGCUGAAGCAACAUUGAACUGUACAGCAAUACAAAUUCGUCUACUAUUCGCUAUAGUGUUGACUACAUGUUUUCCAGCCCGAGCAGAGAUAUUGUGGGAUAAUCACAAAGAUUCAAUGACUGAUGAUGUAUUGCAUCAACAUCGUACACGGUGUAACGAUCUAGCGAUAACAUUCAGCGACGAUAUGUACAAUGAAGCAUUGAUUGCUAUUGAGGAUCUUUGCAUUAUCAUUGCCAACUUACCACUCAGUCAUUUCGGUAUGAAUUCGCCAAAUCGAGGUGCAACUGAUUUAAUGAACACUGAAAUGAACCGUGAAAUGCAGUACAACACUGUAGAAACGGCGGCGAUUGUUACUCGCAAUGUCCCACUAAUGAAUGAGGAACAAAGAACCAUUUACGACCGCAUUAUGCUCGCAGUUUCAGCAGGACAAGGUGGGUUUUUCUUUUUAGAUGCACCAGGUGGAACUGGCAAGACAUUCCUUAUUUCGCUAAUUCUCGUCAAAAUACGAUCCAAUAAUGGCAUCUGGGAUGAAUGUACCAUAGCACACAAACAUUCGCUUGAGGCGUUGAACAGGACAUUGAAAGAUAUUAAAAACAACGACAAACUAUUUGGUGGCACUCUGUUAGUCCUUUCAGGUGACUUCAGACAAACACUUUCCGUCAUUUCACGUUCAACAUACGCUGACGAAAUCAACGCUUGCUUAAAAUCAUCGACAUUGUGGCGUAAUGUUGAAAUAGUACAUCUGAAAGUAAAUAUGCGCGUUCAAAUGCUUCAAGAUCCAUCCGCUGAAACAUUCUCAAAACAACUUUUAGAUAUCGGCGAUGGAAAAGUCACUAUAGCUGAAACUGGAUACAUAAAAUUAGCGAAUGAUUUCUGCACAAUCAUUGAUUCCAAACAAAAAGAAGUUCAGCACAAAAGUAUCGUUCCGAAUGCCCACAAAAAUAAAACAGUUGCUGAAGUUGGGAGCCUUGGAAUUAACCAGCGGUUUGACAGGUUUCAUCUCUCCAAUGUUCCUGAUUUCCAAGUCGAAUGGUUCAGCUCGCCAAAUCUUCAACUUGUACCAACUAAAUCAAUACCUGAUUCCAAAAAAGUUUCGGUUAACAAAUCAACAGAAAAUCCUACAAUUUCUUCAAAAAGGCGAUUUUCUAGCGAAAGUGGACUUAUUUCAGGCAUACUUUCAUAUUCCAAUAAAACCAAGUCAUCGAAGAUAUCUUUGCGUAGUUUACAAAGGCAAGGUUUACAAUUUCACCUGUCUCCCUUUUGGUCUGGUGACAGCACCACUAGCCUAGAUGUUUCAUAA